CUCUUCCUUCUCCUUAUUCUUAUAUAUUUCGGACAACCCACUUGCCUCAAUUUCAGCAUAGAGAAUUAUCAGACAAUAAACUUUGGUUUCAGUUUCUGUUCUCAUUUCUUUCUCCUCCCUCUAUAUAUAUAUAUAUAUUUUCCGAGAUUCUUCAACACAUAAAGAAAAGAGAGAAGAAGAAAGCAUGGAAAUGAGUAACGCUCGUAGUAAUAACAAGAGAGGAGAGCUGAAGAUGAGUAGUGUUGUUAGUGAAGAGAGUGGUACAGUUGAUUGGAGAGGCAGACCUUCUAACCCUAACAAGCAUGGUGGAAUGAGGGCUGCAACAUUUGUUCUUGGGCUUCAAGCAUUUGAGAUAAUGGCAAUAGCAGCAGUAGGGAACAAUCUGAUAACAUAUGUGAUGAAUGAGAUGCACUUCUCUUUGUCAAGUUCUGCAAAUAUAGUGACAAACUUUGUUGGAACUGUCUUUAUCUUGGCCCUCCUUGGUGGCUACCUUUCAGACUCUUACCUUGGGUGUUUCUGGACCAUGCUUAUCUUUGGUUUUGUGGAACUUUCUGGUUUCAUACUACUGUCAGUCCAAGCUCAUCUUCCUCAACUGAAGCCACCUCAGUGUAAUAUAAAUGUUGAGCAGUGUGUUGAAGCAAAGGGCUUCAAGGCUUUGAUAUUUUUUGUAGCCCUAUACUUGGUGGCAUUAGGGAGUGGAUGUGUUAAACCAAACAUGAUUGCUCAUGGGGCAGACCAAUUCAAUCAGAACAACACAAAGCAAUCCAAGAAGCUUUCAAGCUACUUUAAUGCUGCAUAUUUUGCUUUCUCCAUGGGUGAACUUAUUGCCCUAACAGUUCUUGUAUGGGUCCAGACACAUUCUGGGAUGGAUGUCGGCUUUGGUGUCUCUGCUGCUGCUAUGGCAAUGGGACUUAUCAGCUUGGUUUCUGGUACUUUAUAUUACAGAAACAAGCCUCCUCAAGGAAGCAUUUUCGUCCCCAUUGCUCAAGUUUUCGUGGCUGCCAUAUUAAAGAGAAAACAAGUUUGUCCAUCUAGUCCAGAUAUGCUACAUGAAAGCCAAAACAAUGUGCUAAACAAUAACAUAGUUGGACUAUCUUCUGACUCUGGCAAGCUAUUACACACUCAAAGGUUCAGGUUCUUGGACAAAGCCUGCAUCAAAACUCAAGAUGUGUCUAAUACAAAAGAGAGUCCAUGGAGAUUAUGCACAGUGACACAAGUGGAGCAAGUGAAAUUACUAAUAUCAGUAAUUCCAAUAUUUGCAUGCACCAUCCUUUUCAACACCAUUUUAGCUCAACUCCAAACAUUUUCAGUCCAACAAGGAAAUUCCAUGGAUACCAAUCUCACUAAAUCCUUCAAAAUCCCACCAGCUUCACUUCAAUCCAUCCCUUACAUUAUCCUUAUAGUAGUAGUCCCUUUAUAUGACACUUUCUUUGUCCCUUUUGCAAGAAAAUUCACAGGUCAUGAAUCAGGAAUAACCCCCCUACAAAGAAUAGGUACUGGCCUAUUUCUUGCAACUUUCUCCAUGGUUGCUGCUGCUAUCAUGGAGAAGAAGAGAAGGGAUGAAGCCGUAGAUUCGAACAACAUAAUAUCAAUCUUUUGGAUAACUCCACAGUUUUUAAUCUUUGGAUUAUCAGAAAUGCUCACUGCAGUAGGUCUAGUUGAGUUCUUUUACAAGCAAUCUUUAAAAGGGAUGCAAGCAUUCUUAACAGCAAUGACCUAUUGCUCAUAUUCAUUUGGAUUUUAUUUGAGCUCUUUGUUGGUUUCUUUAGUAAACAAGAUCACUUCAGGUUCUUCAAAUAAAGGUUGGCUAAGUGAGAACAACCUCAACAAGGACAGGCUUGACCUCUUCUAUUGGUUGCUAGCAGUUCUUAGCUUCCUCAACUUCCUCAACUAUCUCUUUUGGUCAAGAUGGUAUUCUUAUAAUCCAUCUAUGUCAAGCUCACAACAACAGCAUGGGACAAAUGGGGAUCACUACUUUGACAACUAUAGCUUCAAUCCUUCAAAAAGUAUUGGAGAUGAAAGCAUACCUUAGUUAAAAGAGAUAACAUAAAUAAUAGGAAAUGAAUAUGUCUGCUUGAAAUUAUCUCUAUAGGCUUGUAUUAUAUAUAAGUAAAGAAUUAUGAGGCAAAAAAAUUGUUAGAAUGGAUUAUCUCCGCCCUUUUCUCUGUCA